GCCUGGGAGGAGCCAUUGGCUACAUGCUGGGCGGCCUCGACUGGAUGCACACCAUCUUGGGCAGCCUCUUCCAAUCCCAGGAGCAGGUCCUCUUCUUCUUUGCCGCCAUUAUCUUCUCGAUUUCCGUUGUCCUCCACCUAUGCAGCAUCGAGGAAGAGCAAUACAACCCGCAACAGGACCGGAUCGACGACGAAGCGGAGACCCUGUCCAGCGUCAAGCUGAGCGGCAGCCUCCCUCCCCUCAACCGUCUCAACGUCAUCAACGAGGAGGAGCCUUACGGGAACUCCUUCUUCCCAGACGAGGUCCAGUCCGAACAAGACCUCAACCUGGAGUUCCUGGAGGUGGACAUUGUCAGGAGUAAGAGCGAUUCGGUCCUGCACAUGCCAGACGCCACCCUCGAUAUGGAAUCGGAGCUGCUCUUCCUUCACGAGAUCGAACCUUCCAUUUUCCAGGACUCGUCCUACCCGGCGACGCCGCGCAGCACCAGCCAAGAACUCAUGAAAUCCAAAUUCAACCGCUUGUCUGCUUUCCUCAGGGAGAACGAGAAGGAGGAGGAGAUGUUACUUGAGAAUCACUUGAACGAGGCCAAAGUCCCCAAUGGGAACGGCUCCCUACCAAAAGAUCUCCUGAACGGGCACGUCAGGGUGGGCAUGAAGCAGUCGUGCACCUCAAGCUCCAUGCGCCGGCGGAGGCACAUGUUCUACCGCCAGCCUUCGAACACCUUCUCCUACUACGGGAAGAUCGGGUCCCACCACUACCGCUUCCGGCGGGCCAACGCCGUGGUCUUGAUCAAGUCCUCCCGGAGCAUGAACGACAUCUACGACAUGCAGAAGAGGCAGCGGCAGAGGUACCGGCACCGGAACCCGAGCGGUGCGACCAAUUCCAGCGGAGACACGGAGAGCGAGGAAGGUGAAACGGAGACCACCGUGAGGCUCUUGUGGUUGUCCAUGCUGAAGAUGCCCAAAGAGCUGCUGCGGCUUUGCGUGUGUCACCUCUUGACCUGGUUCUCCAUCAUUGCUGAAGCCGUCUUCUACACCGACUUCAUGGGCCAGGUCAUCUUCCACGGGGAUCCCAAGGUGAGAACAGCACCUCUGUCGCCAGGGGCCAGCAGUCUAGUGUAUUGCAUGGAGGCCAUUAGGGAAGGAGAGCUUCUGCCUUUUUGGCAUGAGAUGGUCACAAAGACCUUCUGCAGAACUUCUCCUUACAUCCAUCACAGCCCUGGCAACUCCAAGCGAGGCUUUGGCAUCGAUUGUGCCAUCUUAUCGUGCCAGGUCUACAUCUCCCAGAUCCUGGUAGCUUCCGCCCUGGGAGGCGUGGUGGAUGCUGUGGGCACCGUCCGGGUCAUUCCGGUAGUGGCGUCCGUGGGCUCUUUCCUGGGCUUCCUGACGGCCACCUUCUUGGUGAUUUACCCAGAUGUUGGGGAAAGUUCGAAGGAAGAGCAGAAGGAGCUGGCCCCGCCAGCCGCAGCAGAAAGCAGCAGCGGGAACGAGGAGAAACCGAUGGUGAUCAAACUCACCCGUGGAAAAGAUCCGACUGCACCAGAGGUGGAAAGCGAGUCGGCCGUUUGAAGGCGCCCCUCACGCACAUUCCAAGCAAUCCAGAUGCAAAAUCCAGAACGUCC